UACCCAUUAUUUUUGCAUAUACAAAAAAAAGAAGUUUUUUUUAAUGUUUUUGCAUUCCAGUUUCUUUAAAUAGAACAGUUAUUUUUAAGUGAAAAGAAAAUUGAAUUAGAAUUGUAACUUCAUACACGCGUUGUAUUUUCCAAACGAACCGUCCAUUGCUAACAAUAAAGCCGACAAUAUGGCAUUUAAACCAAUCGAUCCUAAAAGAGAUGAAUAUAGACGUUAUUUGGAGCGUGGCGGAAUAAUUGAAUCGCUAACAAAAGUAUUUGUACGAAUUCUUAAGGAACGUCCAGAAGAUCCCACUCAAUAUUUGCUACAAAAUCUAGGAGAUGCUCGUCUUCAGGCUGACAAUAUUGCCUAUUUACAAAGUGAACUGGAUGAUGCGCGCAAUGAAAUUCAACGUUUAACUGAAAUUAUUCGUGGCAUCAAUCCAGAUUUGCUAGUAGAACCUUCUUCCCAUAAUGAGUCCAUAAAUAAUGACAACCUUAAUGAAAGUAAUGGUGCUAAAGAAGAGGGCGAAGAUAUCAAUAUGCCGCCACCAGUUGAGCAAAGUCAUCAACCUGUGGGCGAAUACUCGGAAGUUGCUGCUCUAGAAGAAGGCAUUCAAAACACUCAUAUUACAGAGUCGAAUGUACAAUCUGUUGCAAGUGGAGGAGGAGAGGCUGUACAAAAUGAAAUGGUUUCGACUAGUGCUGAAUGAAACCUAAACGUAUAUUGUCGGUUUGCUAUUGAGAAAUCGAUUACAUAGUAUAUGAUUUUUCUUAAAAGUUAGUAAUACUUUAGCGACGCUUUAAGGAGAUUUGAUCCAUUUAUUAUGGAUUUAAAAUAUACUAAAAUAAAACUACUAUAAAAGUAAA